GGUAUUGUACAGUAGUACCGUACAACCAUCGACUACUUUUUUCUUUUCGACUUCCAUGAUACACUGUUCGGCGUCUGCACUGCAUUCAUUGAUCAUACGUACGUACUCGUACUACCGCAAGAGUACCGUUCCGUCCUGGGGGCAACCCCCUUUCCUACCCCACACCAUUUCAUACCGCAAACCAGUGGCGACAAUGCGUCCCACUCCGUUGCAACAAACUUUCCAAGAGCAAGCAGCUUGCAGCUAGAUCACCAUCACAAUUUCAUCCCACUCAUUGUGUUUCACCGUAAAGAGCCAUGGCCGAUGACGAUUCCGACGAUUCCGACGAAUGGGGCUUGGAGGAGCUUGUGAUACCUCCCAAAGGCGAAAAAACCGGUGGUGGCAACACCGGUCAAGGGACGGAUGCAGACGGAGACGCAGAUGUCGGAGACGAUUACUGGGAAGUGAAAAAAAAUACCGGCGUUGCAGCAAAGGGGGCUAGCAAGGAACAAGAAGACGACAGCAACGGUGGUAACAACAACGACGAUGACAAAGGCGGGGAACCCAUGAUCAUCGUCGACAUGACGUUACUGAAUCCCGACAUCCACAGCAAGUUCGACCGAAACUCUGUCAACCAACCUGAGGAGGCAUCGGCGCUUCGAAAGGCGAUCGAAAAAGACUACGAAACGUACGCCCACUCCAGCGACUAUCUGUCGGAGGGAAUCGUCGUGCCAUGCGGGUCUUCUGUGUGGAGGGGCGCACUCGUAAGGCUCCGAGACGAGCGCCCUGGGCAUUAUUUUGUGCCUAUUUUCCGACCCAAAACAAAAUAUUGAGCCCUUUGCGCUUCCUGUCUCAAGGCAGCAUUACGGGGCCACAAACAACUCUGGAUGGGUUUAGACGKGGACCAGCUCCAAUACCAAACUUCAUGCGUUGGUCGAAUGAAUGAUAUCAAUCCUGCGCACGUGGGAACGAGGCGACGAAACGCAGCUUUCAUCAAAAUAUCAAAUCUUACGCGAAGCCAAUAGGAAAAUAAUCCCAUGAAAACACAGCAUGAUGUACAAUUGUGGAACAAAACUAAAAUAGCGGCUAGGAUGGCGGCAAACAUGCAAACUUAAAUAUCAUGCUACAUGCUGCUCAGUCCGUACAGAUGUAACGUUACCAGGAGCUGAUUUAAUUAACCCUCUUCCAGAAAUUCAGGGUAAAAAAUAUUGAACAAUUCCCGCGGCAUUGUGAUCUGGCACCUUUUUUAUCCGGUGUCUUGAAUUGGAUCGUUUCGAUACAUCGUCGUUGUAGUUGGAUCCUCGUCUACGGUGUUUACAAUGCCCUUUGGUUCUCGGCGACCUUUCCGAUGGCAACUCGCGUCUUCCGCUUUGUUCUCAUUCGAGUAUCUCGAAAUUGUUUCCAUUCCAACAUUGGUCUCAGGGAUGGAUCAAAAUCGACGGCCAUUCGGGCAAUUUCUAGAGACUUCACAGAGUUGCCCUGUUUCAUUUCGAACAACGCAAACGCACCAAGAACCUUCGCUGAGCAUGCGCAGUGAUGGUGCUCGUUUUCGUUCGCAUCAAAGGCGGCGUCACCAUCGUUUUUGUUGCCAUUGGUUCUCGUUCUGCCUUCUUCGUUCAUUACAAUCUGCCGAAAAAAGUUUAGAAAUACGGAACGGGUCUUUUUUGGAUUGUUCCCCAUUCGCUGGGAGUGCAGUGCGAAUAGUAGCGUUGUCACAGCCAGCUUGGCAUGAUCGCAAGAAUCCCCUUCUUUUUCUUCUUGGAGGAUUUCCCGAAUGAUCCGCUCGUAAAGGAUCUCCGCGUGUCUAUAUCGUCCCUCCUUUAUCUUUUGCAAGGCGAAAUAGUGUUUUCUGGCCAUUCGUUCGAAUUCCUUUCGAUACUCUUCCGAGGUAAGGACGUCUCCGUCGAUCUCGCCCGCGUUCCGCCUUCGCUCUUCCCUCGUGACCUUUGAGUAGUACGAGCGAGAUUUUUCGUUCCAUUCUUGGCGCAGUUCGUCGUAUUUUCCUUUCCUUUGUUUUCUGCUUAUUGCGUGUUGUGCAGAAACGUUGCUAGGAUUGGUUCGAAAGGCACUGGCACCCAUCAUAACGGUUGUUUCGGAAAGAAUGAAGGAGAUUGAAAUCACCAGUAUUCCGAUUGAAAUUCGAAGUUUCGAUAAAACCAUCAUUGGCGUUUUGGUUGGGCUAGUUACUAUCGUUUCGCACAAUGACGCGAUUGUAGAAAAAAGACAGGGGAAAUUGGACUGCACGGUACUACCUCAGCAACGAGAUGUUUUUUGUGGAUUUCCAUUAUUUGCCGUGUUCGUUCGGCGCUCUCGAAUACAGUUAUUCCUGCUUU